AUGCAACUAUCGGAGUCACAAAGCGAUGACUAUCCAUCGUAUCUCCAAAUACUCCUCAUUUUGGUUCAGCAAACCCAUACACCAGCCCUUGGAACCAUCCCAAAUCUCCUUUUUAUUGGUCAAUUCUAUGAUGAAAACCCGGAUCUCAUGGAAGGGGACUCCUGCCCACUUCCUCCUCAUCCUCCAAAGUUCAACAAUCGUGAUGGUCCAAUCAUGAUGGAAAACAUUGAAAGUUGGGCUCAUACCAAUGAAGGCUCUCGCUCCAUCGAAGAAGAACUUGUCCAACGUGCUGCCCAUACUGGUGGUGAUGGGAGAAGUGGAGGCCGUGGCCAAGGAAAUGGCGCCUCAAACUGCCUGCAAUCAAACGUUCCGGAUUGCUUUAGCUGCAAUGGUAUCCUACUCAAUGAUGGAGAUUAUUCAAAUCAAAUCUGGAGAGAGGAGUUUUCACAAGAGGAAAGAAAUGUUUGUCUAGAGAUGCGUCGCAAUUGCCGCAAUGGUGGUGGUGGUUGUGGCGGAAGAGGCCGCCAAGGCCGUGGUGGUCAUGGCCAUGGUAUCAGUGCUGUCCAUGAUGGGCAAGCUGAUCAAGAAGAAACAAAAGAAGAAGACAACAAUGGUGGAUGUGGGGCAGGUGCAGGAAUGAGUGGUUGCCAUCGCAACAAUGGUGGCGCAAUUGACUAG